AUCCCAAUACUUGGAGUUGACGGAUUCCGCAAGGUCGGAGCCUAGUAACUGCAAAGUCUUGCUGGGCCGCCAACGUAGCGCAAGGCAUCAGACGUCUCACUCACACUUGUCAUAUAUCCUCGCAUGGAUACAUAUUUCCCCAGCCAAAACAACAUACAUCACCCGGUGGCGUUGGCAGCAUUUGCUUUAUUACUGCACAAAACAAUCAUUUUACCAUCACUGGAUGAGUUAUUACUCUCUAUACAUUUGCAUCUGAUGGAUAUUUUGGGGCACGCGCCCCUGCAUGCAUUAUGCCAUCAUCUGACGAAUCACUUGGCGUGGUUUGGUCAUGUGUUCGAGAUUUUCGACACCUGGUUUUACAUAUUUUCUGUUUGCGCGAUAUUAGCGGCGUUUGAGAAGGAUCACUUGGCUGCCAUUUGUUUUGCGCUUUCUUUCUUCCUUCCUUUUUCAUGGUUGUCUAGUCAUCCGGGCGGCUUAGGGUGGGCUUCUUUGGAUUCCCCGGUGUGGUGGAUGGACGUCAAUACAUUGCCGGCAUGGCAUGCGACAUCGGUGUUUGGUUUGUAACGGUGGUCCGUUGUGUAUAUAUCUACUAGAUUGGAAGUGGGCAUGGGCCUUGGUGAAUACAGAAGACAUUCCUUCUGAAUAAAAUAAAUUACUUCAGU